AUGUUCUACUCCGGCUACUCAAGCGACGAUGAGGACCACGAAUGCCAGACGUGCACCCGCCGAUUCCGUACCUGGCCUUCUUGUAGGCAGCAUAUGAAUGAUACAGACCACUGGGCUCCCACCUAUGACUGCGAGGUGUGCACCAAGGAGUUCAGUUCUGAGCAUGCAGCGAACCAGCAUAUGAGCGCCGUUGGACACUGGGCACCUAGGACAUUCCAGAACCGGAACAGCCUGAACAUGCACAUGAGGUCGAAGGCCCAUCUUGGUGGUAGCAUCGCCUGUCCCUUCUGCGGAGUCGGGUUCACCACUGCAAGCGGCCUCGUUCAUCAUCUUGAGAGAGGUGCUUGCCCUCGCGCACCCAGCCUGAACCGAGAAACCAUCCUCCGCAAAGUCCGCGAGUUGGACCCGAAUGGCCGAAUUACCAACAGACAGAUCGAGUGGCGCGACGAAGAUAACGUCCAGUACUCUGCUACUCAGCACGCGUUUAACGGCCAGUACUGGCAGUGCUAUCUUUGUUCAUCUACCUUUAACAGCGUCAAUGGCCCCAACAGCCAUCUCAACUCGCCCGUGCAUAAGCAGAAGGUCUAUCGUUGCCCAAACAGGUUGAACAGAUGUUUGAAGGAGUUUGUCACGCUCGCUGCGUUGUUCAACCACUUGGAAAGCGAAUCUUGCGCUGCCAUGAGGUUUGAGGUUGUUCAGCGCGGAGUGAAUGAUAUGCUUAUGGGGAGAAGAUUAAUUGGAAUGUGA